AUGGAUGAGAGGGCGAUUAUUGAACAGGAAGGGGAAGGAGACCUUGGCCGGUGUGAUGAAUUAGCCGUGGAGACGGACACAGAACCUUUUGGAAUGGUAUUUGGCCUGAAGGGAGCUCCUCUACCUAGAGAUCCCAUGUAUCCAGAGCGACCGCGUGAGGAGCUAUUGCAAUUGCUCACAAUUGAGAUAGGGAGUAUAGUUGAGCUGUUAAAGGAUAAGAGAAUCUUUGUCAUUGGUGCCACGGGUUUUAUAGCAAAGAUCUUUGUGGAGAAGGUUCUUAGAGUUCAACCUAAAGUGAAGAAACUAUUCCUUCUUGUGAGAGCUGGGGAUGCCAAGUUGGCUGCAAAGCACAUGGAAAAUGAGGUGUUUGCAAAGGAGCUUUUUGAUGUUCUUAAAGAGAAACAUGGGCUGGACUUUGAUUCAUUUAUAUCCAAGACGGUUUAUUCAGUUGCAGGAGAUAUUAUGUAUGAAAAUUUAGGGAUUGAGGAUUAUAAUCUUAGAGAAAUGUUAUGGGAGGAGAUUGACAUUGUUGUCAAUGUGGCUGCAACUACCAAAUUUUAUGAGAGAUAUGAUUUUUCUUUGAAUAUCAAUACAUUGGGAGCUAAACAUGUAUUGGAGUUUGCAAAGCAAUGCACAAAAGUCAAGAUGCUUCUCCAUGUAUCAAAAGGAUAUGUAGCCGGUGUAAAGGAAGGUAUAAUAUCAGAGAAGCCAUUUCACUUCGGUGAAGCACUGAAUAAGGAUUUGUAUUUAUACAUCGAAGGAGAGCUAAGACUUGUUAAAGAUAGAAAGAAAGAACUCCAUGAGCAAAAUUCAACAAUAGAAGCUAAAAAAAUUGUUAUGAAGGAAUUGGGAAUUCAAAGGGCUAGAAUGUAUGGCUGGCCAAAUACAUAUGUAUUUACAAAGGCCAUGGGAGAAAUGCUUCUAGGACAUUUAAGAGGAGACAUGCCACUAGUUAUUAUGCGCCCAACAAUUAUAACAAUAUUCUUUGAUGAUUCUAACUUAGAAUGUUUGAGAAAGGCAAUGGUGAAUAAUGAUGAGAUGAAGUUGUUUGAUUUUGAUCCAAUGCACAUUGAAUGGGAUGAUUACUUGAUUAACAUUCACAUUCCAGGUGUAAUCAAGUAUUUGCUUAAGUAG